UUCACUUUUUCCUUCUUCUUUUCCCUUAUUCCCGCAAUAAUUCUAAGCCAACCGCUAACCCCUCCGAAAAAGAAAAAAAAACCCAAAAGCUUCCCAAUUUUCCUUUUUGGUUCUUUGAUUUCAUAAUUAUCAUCAAUCAAUCAAUCAUGACCGGAAAAGCCAAGCCCAAGAAGCACACGGCCAAGGAACUCGCCGCCAAGGUCGACGCUGCCACCACCAACCGUGGUGGCGGCAAAGCCGGAUUAGCUGACCGUUCUGGGGUUGAGAAAGGAGGACAUGCCAAAUACGAGUGUCCUCAUUGCAAAACAACCGCUCCCGAUGUGAAAUCGAUGCAGAUCCAUCAUGAUGCCAAACAUCCCAAAAUUCCUUUUGAAGAAUCUAAGCUUAUUAAUCGUCAUGCUGUUCAUGUCGCUGAGCCAUCUAAGCCUCGUCCUGGUGUUAGGGGUAGCCUUAGAAAAUAAUAAAAUAACAAAAAUAAAUAAAUAAAUUGUUGUUCUGGAUAAAUUUGGCGUUUUGGGGAUUUUUAAAUAUCUGGGUUUGGUUCUUUCUUCUUCUGUUUUUUCCCUUUUAUUUUUAUUUGUUCUGUAACUAUUUGUGAUGGUAGUAGAGAUGGUAAAGAUAAAAGAAGGGGGUUUUAGGUGAAAAAAAAGGUUGGAUUUUAUUUACAAAAUCUCCUUGAUGAUGAUUAUGAUGAUAUAUACAUAUUAAUCCAUCUUAACUAUGAAGAUUAUAGUUCUUCAUUUAAUGCUUAA